UUUUCAAAAUAUGGCGCCAUGUGUCGCUUUAGUUAAGUAGUAACGUCAUUAUGGUGAGCUGUUUUAAGUUUGAAUGUCGGGGAACUAAAGUGGACGUGAAGCUUUUUCGGGGUGAGCAGUCUACCUCCUGCUGAACAUCCCUCUCCUCUGGACCAGAGUGCAACCUGCGUGAUUUUAAAGCAAAAUGGCGACAGUGUAACGGAGUGGAGAGCCGAGUAACUGGGUCAGGUGCAAUGACAAACCUGAGGACAGCAGUCUUCGUCCUGAGAUGAGUUUUCCAGGAGCCAUGAGGGCUAAUCUGUGCUUCAACAUUCACUGAAAGUAUUGCCACUAUGUCAGAUCUGAAGCCAAAUGCACAAGAGGACGAAGACGUGGAGUCGGUAUGUGACAGCCCAGGUCGUACUCUGGAGCCAUUACAGUGUCACACAUUGUCCCUGAAGUACAAUGCUGCAGGUCUGUCCUCAGAUGAACACGAAAACCCUUUAAAUGGAACCCAGCCGAAUCCAUUUGUAUACAGCAGUGUCCCUGCUGUUCCCCAUGCAGGCAAUUCAUUGCCUUCAGGAGCACUUGUUAAUGGACCUGGUUCACACCCCACCUCAGAGGUACACUGUGUCCUGAACAAAGGCACUAUUUUAUCCAACAAUGUCCUGGAUGCCGCGUGGCAAGCGGAGAAGGACACGAGCCCCGAGGUGUUAUCACCACCUAGUGAGCUUCAAUCAGACGCUUGGAAGAACACAGCGGGGCCCGUCGAAAAAACCCCGGCCACACAGCCAGGUGUCAACACGCCAUCGUCUCACUCGGAGGAGAAUGAGUCCAAACUGGCCUGUUCCACACUGUCAGGUGCAGACAGCGGCGAGGAAAUGCACAUUAGCCAACCUUUGACAAAACAGACAAUGAAAACAAGAUCUCGACGGGACGUAGAAUGCUCAGAAAGCUCCUUGGAUGAUUAUGACGACGCUAAAGUAAUCAGAUGGGAUUCAGAGAGAGAGUGCUUCUCACACAAUGACAGAAGGCUGGAGACCAAAGUGAUGCACCAGAGGGACAGCAAGCACAAUACACAUGUAAAAAGCAUGUCAGGCUCUCUGGAAAAGGUUAACAACAGCUUAAAUCACACAUACAGACGCUGCUGUUUCACCAGUGGCAAUGAUUUGGGAAAUGUUGACACUGCCAACAAAGACGAUUCUUCGUGUACUCAAUCUGAUAUUAGAUAUUCCAGCGUGCCACUCAGAGGCAGUUCUACAAGCACAGCUUCAGACUCCAAACGCCAUAUUUAUAGCACAGCGCAGGAAGGCUGUAAUGAGGGAAAUGACCCUGAAAAUGAAGACAAUUUCAGUUCAAAAGUGGAACAGCUGAAGAAAGAACAAGUGGAACAAGAGACACUUUUCUUUUCAUGCACACUAUGCAAUGUUAAUUUCAAGGAAAAAAGACAUUUCCAUAGACAUAUGAUGUAUCAUUUAGGCAAGCAUAAUCAGAUGAAGAGUGAGGGUGUCUCUCAGCCCUUUAUAUGCAGGGAAUGUGGGCGUUUGUUCUGUGAUAGCAACUCCCUCAUGAGGCACAUCAUUAUUCACCAAGACAGACUGGAAAAACGUAUGAAGGAAAUCAAAGGUCUCAAAAACACCGAAUCCGCAGACCGGGGCACCAAAGUGCAGUGCCCUCGGUGUGUGUUCGGCUGUAAUUGCCCUAAGAUCUCUGUCCAGCAUGCCAGAAUGCAUGAUAAUCUGAAGCACUACUACUUCUGUGAGGAGUGUGACUACAUUACUCUGACAAAGCAGGCACUUGAAGCACACAUACAUGUCGCACACCUCGACACACACCAGCCUAAGUACAGGAAAAUGACUCAUAAUGAUGAUGCACAGGAAGUGGACCAUGUUCAGCGUAGAAUGAGUUUUUUCACAAGCAGAAAUAAAGUAAUAAUUGAAAGAUGUUCCGAGCUGAAGCACCUGCGUUCAAACUAUGGCGAUUCUAAAAAGGUUGCAAACAAGCCCAAAAUCGCCAUGUCUAAACCAAAUCUCUUGACUCUCGGAGAAACGGCCCAUUUUCCCAACCGCUCCAGUACAACAGAGGGCAUUUACAUUCAAAAGUCCAGCGACAAAACUGUAAAUCCUCCUCAGUUUCAGUGCUGCUCUAAAAACAUGCUUUUGCCGUCUUUGUGGAGGGUCGACAGGCAUGGAAAACUACUCCUACAGCAAAAUGUAGAUGUGGCAACUGAUCUCACCUAUGUGAAAAAAGACUCUGAAAACAAUGACUGCGAGGCUUUUGGCAGCUCAAAGCAGGCAAACCGUCCUGCGACUGCUGAUUUUUUACCAUCAGCCAGAAAUCUUAAAUUAGACCAGACGUUCUGUCUGGAUUUCGAGAACCACCCCGAAAACGUGAGUUUACAACUGCGAGCAAACCAAAAUUCUCUGUCAAUAAGAAAAAUGUCAACACCCUUGCAUAGCACUAUUGACAACAUGAACGGUAAUAUAUCGGCAAAGCUUUGCCAGAGGCUCAGGAAACGGUGUGCAGCAGAUGAGGAGUUAGAGAAAGGCUGUGAGGGCAGGGAGAACUCCAGUGAUGACAGCAGUGCAGCUACAGGCAGCUUCUUAGAAAGCCAGAAUGUGAGGAACCCGUAUGCUCGGAGGUAUUUCACAAAGAGGCAGAGGUUCUCAGCCAAAGACCAAAGCCUGCAUGUGUACAAGAAUGAAGAGGAUGGAGAUGAGGACUGUAGUGACAUAGAGCAGCUGGUAAUCAAAGAGGAGCACAUUGAAAGCACAGUGUGUGAUGAUUCCCCAGAGUUGCCUUGCAUGCCUGUAAGUGACAGCGUUGAUGUUUUGCCCUCACCGGGGGUGGAACACAAGCCCUGUCCGUACUGCCCCGCCAUGUUUGAGUCCGGGGUGGGCCUGUCCAAUCACGUGCGAGGGCACCUGCACCGAGUCGGCUUGAGCUAUAACGCUCGACACAUGGUUUCACCAGAGCAGGUGGCACUGCACGACCAUCAGCCACGGAUACGCAGAAGGAUCCCCUGUGCCAUGAGGAAAAUUAGAAAAGCUGUAAAGCCAGAAACCAAAGGAGAGCACACAUGUCCGCUGUGCUGCGGGUGGUUUGAUACUAAGACCGGCCUCUCCAACCAUGUGAGGGGACACCUGAAACGAAUUGGUAGGAGUGCAACCAGCACCAGCAAGUCUCCACUGUCCAUCUUAAAUGAACUGCUGCAGGACAAAAGGGAACAUCAGAACAUCCUCCAGAACCAGCCCCCCCCACCACCCUUUGUCUCUCAGAAGUUAAUCAGCAGCAAUAGUCUGGUCCUGAUGCACAUGGGCAUCCCACUGAAGACCCAGCAUGAAACGAGGAGCCCCGCUCUCAUGUUGGACAGCUUCGUGCCAAAACAGGAGGCAGAGGCUGAAGCACAACUAGACACCAAGGCCUCUUCCAGCACUUUAGUUGGUCUUCUCAAGAUGAGACAGGAACGUAUGCAGCUCACAGCGAGACACAACCAGGAAGCUUAUGGAACCAAGGAGCUCUAUGAUCUGACCAAAGAUUACAUGGAGGAGACCCAGAUCACCAGUGUGGAACCAAAAUGGGUUCACGAUGAAUGUGAUUCGGAUGACAUUUCUAUUCGGUUUAACAACACUUUACCCAGGCUUUCUGGUCAUCUUCGAGGCUACGCACACAGGAAGAGGUUUGCCCUUUUUCAAGAUGCAGGCGAUGAUUAUAAACCGAAGAAGCCAAGGCCCGGGCUAAAGAAGAAGAUUUUACUCUCCUUAAAUGCUGAGAUAUGCACGCUCACCUGCAGGUUCUGUGACCUGGUCUUCCAGGGCCCCCUGUCUAUCCAGGAGGAUUGGAUCAGGCAUCUACAGAGGCACCUCCUGCACACCAGGGUGCCUCAGUCAGGGACCGGGAUGGUGGAGGUUUUGGGUCUUCACAAAGUACAGAUUUCCCAUGAGCACCAAGAUCCAACGUAGAGUUCUACCCAUCUGGAACCUCCAGUUGCCUGAAUUUGCACAUUGUUUGUAUGUGUAUAAUCCAUCAAUUGUUUUAGAUUAGUCCUAGAAAUAUAUAGUGAACUCAAGACUACUUAAAAAGAUAUAUUAAUAUAACUGUUUAAAUUAGCACAAAUGUAUGUAUAGGAUAUUUUACUGUUAUGCUUUGCCUUAUACUUAGCUAGGAAAGCUUAUAAGAUUGAUCUGUAUUGACUGCUAGAUAAGUUAGACAAAACAAUGGGCAGCAGACAUCUCUUCAAUGGAAACUGGUCUGCAGAGCUGCAAUCUUUAGAACAUGUGUUUCUCAUAAAGAAAAGUGCCUUGUCAUAAGCAUUUUAUGAGAAAUCAUAUUCAUUAUGAAAUGAAGAAAAUAUGAACAUUUCUGAAUGUAUUGUAACUUUGUAUUCAAGAUUCAAUUCAAGAUUCAUAGGUCUUAUUGUCAUGGCAAUGAAAAGCUGAAGUCCCAAGCUCCUCUAACAGUCCAACAUACAAUAUGUUUUAAGACAAUUUAGGUCAGAAAAGGUACAUUUCUCAUUACAAGAAAGAAACUUUACUCAAUAUUGUUUUCCUUAGAAACGUUUUAUCACAACAACAAAAUGUAAUAGAAGCGUUGCCAGUCCUAUAUUGGCAAGAUUUAAAAAGCCUGCACUUUUUAAUUAAGUUCAUAUCUCAUUUAGUUUUAGAGAGGAGAUCAAAUAAGGUGUUGUUAAGCAGUGUACACAGGGCUGUCAUUAGUCUGUUCUCUGUCGGAGUUCACCUCGGUGUCUGCAUCACACGCAGCAUCCUUCUUAAUCAAAGUGACAUUCAAGAUGUUAGGACAGCUUGUUCUGCUUAACCUUCAACCAGCAACAUUACAUCUGAAAACAGCCUCUCAAUAUAGCCACGAUAACAUCUUUUGAUAAAGAGAAAACUCUAACAAGGAAACGUCCCCGUUAUUAACAGCAUAGUGUUCAACAUCCAGAUCUGCGUUCCUGAAGUUUUGGACCUAAAUUAGUUGCUUUUUUUCUUCUAUGACUAAGAAUGAAAUUGAAAUAUUCUAUAAAACCACUGGCCACUUUUUUUGCAUUUCGAUAACCUGCCCUCCAUAUGUUUCUUCAUAAACGUGGCGCUUGUUUUGCAGGAUGCAGAGACUCUUCCAUACUUUGACAGGGAAAUGGCUAUGCGAGGUAAAAAGACGACAAAUCAUUUGAAAUGUGUAGAACUUUUCGGGUUUGUCACUGGAAGAUAGCACUUUGUCUUUUGCCAGGACAUGUUGUCAUACACUUUGUCCUUCUCACCCUCUUUUCGGCACCUACAGGAAGUGGGUGAGUCGACGCCAAAAGACUCAACUCACAUGUCGCCAUUAUCAUAAAUACUUCGUAGAAUAUUACAAUUUUAGGAUUUCAAUUUUCAUAUUAGAAAACGUCUUUAAAAAAUAAAUAAAUGUCUCUGUUAUUCAAUUAUGCUUCUCCAAUGAUAUGCACAUUAUUAUAUAACACCUAGAAUGCAAGAAGAAAAAUUCUAAAUAAAAUAAAUAUUUAGCUUUAAUAACCUAAUGUAAUGAAAUGUAUUUAUCUAUUUUUCUUGGAAUAUCCAGCUUUCUAAAAUUGUAGACAUGCAGUGCUUCCUUACAUACACGUUAAGAUAUUACAAUUUCUAUCAAAUAAACUACAUCUACUCUGGCUUACUGCAGAUGUUAUCUUUUAGAUAAAGUGAAUUGUUCUUAAAUAGUUAGACGAAAACAUUUAUUUGUAAUUAUUUGAUAAGUUACAUCAACAGUUGAAUGUAGAUUUGGGAAUUACAGCAUGGCCCAUCCAGAAAACAGUUUCAAGAAGAUGCUGUACUGAUUUGAGGGUAGAUCUACAGUUUAUUAUGUCUUCUAGUUAAAUUGAAGAGAUUAUUUACAGUUUUUGUGGAGAGGUUUAACUAAAGGUUCGCCUUGUGUGGUUCGCUAGCAAACUGCCUGACAAAAAAAUACUCAAUUUGAAGAAAUGGUGGCCAAAUGUGUUGGGCAUUCAACGUCAGGUGAAAAUUGUGUUCCAGAGAAUAAGCUGUAUCUUUUGGAAUAUCAAUGUGGAGAGCCAACGAGAAACAAAGAAAGACAAAACACUGAAGUCACGAUGUUAUAUGCUGCUAUAUCUGUGUUUAAUUAAUAACAUGUCAUGUCAACAAAUGAUAUGUCAACUCUUAUUUAUUAACUUGUGGUUUUAUUUGAAAGUAAAGAUACAGCUGUAUGUGGUGUGCUCAAUUGGAGCAUGCAUGUACUGUAGUGCAUGGGCACGGGUGACAAUUUUCUUCCAAGUGUAAAAGGCUUCUGUGGUCAGAAAUGUAGAAUAUGUUGACCUAUUUGAUUUAUUGUGUUUAAUUAGUUUGAACUACAUUUUGAAUAUGUUUGUAGAUGAUAAGAAUAACAGUAAUUAAGGGUAUAAAUAGUGGAUUGUCCUAUGGGGAGGGGCUUAACAUAUAUAAACCUCUGGCCACAAGUGUUUUGGAGUUAGUCUGACUGUGGCUGUAGAGCAGAGAGGUACCAGUUAUAUUUCUUCGACCUGUACAUAUAUAUUGAGGUUUGUUUUCUUUCUAUUUUGGACUGUAUCCUUGUUGCUUUAUGUUCUUUCAGCAUUUUGGAUGUUAAUAAAAGCACUUA